GACUCGCUUCGACUUCGACUUCCUGCUCGUCGCUUGCGGUGGUCCAGUUGUGCAUUCAAAUCGUGGCGUAUUCGCUCCUGCGUCUUUCCACCCUUGCACCGUGUCAUGGCUGAAGCAGACAGUAAUGAUAAGUUCGACAUCUAUGCCACCUCUCAGCACUUCCUCGAGGAUGAUAAAAUAUCGCCCCCCCUCGCUGCAAUACUGGCCCUGACAGAGUCCAUAGCAAAGUCCAAUGCGGGUACCAUGUUUGAGCUUGUCCAAGCCCUCAACGACGACGCCGAAAUUCUCAAACAGAGAUCUGCCAAUCCUAUCAGUCUGAACGCUGGUUGCGAGCUGUUCAUUGCCUUUGUGACGUUAUUUCCUCACGAAUCGGACAGCUUCUCGGAGUUGAAGACCGAGCUAGUGAAGCAGGGUCAAAAAUAUGCCGCAGAAGCAAUCACCUUUCGGGACAGAAUUGCUGAGCUUUCUCUCGGAUUUAUUAAGGACGACUCGGUGAUUCUCACCCACUCGUAUUCACGUGUAGUCAUGAAAACCUUGCUCCACGCACACAAGACAAAACGAAUAUCCGUCUACGUUACGGAGGCACGGCCUCGUGGCCUAGGCAUGAAGACAUACGAGGCAUUGACUGCUGCUGGCAUACCCUGCACCGUUGUCCUUGACUCAGCCGUAGCUUAUGUAAUGGAUCAAGUAGAUUUCGUCCUAGUUGGGUCAGAGGCGGUCGUCGAGAGCGGCGGCUUAAUCAACGCCGUUGGCAGCAACCAGAUCGCGAUUAUCGCAAAGGCUGCCAAUAAACCAUUUUACGCGCUAGCCGAGAGCUACAAAUUUCACCGUCUUUUCCCCCUAUCACAAUAUGAUCUGCCUACACACAAUCCGACCAUCUUGUCCUUCCCAGCGCUGCCACAGCCAUCUGCAGAUAGCGAGAGUGCCCGAAGCCGCCCAACUGUUCCGUCAUCUGCCGCAAGUGGCGUUCCGGCACGGACGAAAACGCUGCCGCCCCCGACCGAAAUGAAGAUGAAUGCGGAACAAAUUGCACGGAAUCCUGGCGUGGACUAUACCAGACCUGACCUGAUAUCACUUGUUUUCUCGGAUGUUGGGAUACUGACACCGGAAGGCGUGAGUCAGUACCUAGUCGGUAUGUUCGCCGGGUAAGGUCGAACGAGUAGGCGUUUCUCCAAUCCUAUUCGCGGCAAGAUCGCCACGCGCGAUAGAGUUAGCGAUAAACUUCUGCAUCAGGUAACCCAAGCCCGACUGAAUAUUGUCCCCGGACACGUGCACGAUCGUCAGUUCCGGCCAGGUUGUUCGGGCGACAGCGCGCACAGGUGAAGGCUAUUCCGAUAGACAGCGCAUGCAUGUUGGCAGACGUGUGCGACCGUUUGCUGGGCACACAAUAUACAUUCUCGUAUACACUCCCUUGGUCUUGGCUAUGUUUAUCGAUGGCGUUCCAACGCAGCAUAUGGCACGCAGCAAGCAUGGCCGUAGCUACCCUUUGUCUAACCCAUCAUGAACCAUGAAUCUCGCCUAGACAGUUCAUCCCCACCUAUGAAUUGCCUCUGCGUCAUCCGUUAGAUCAUUUGAAUAGGGGAAGGUCCUCGAUCGCUACGGAAGAUGUCAU